GUUCUGUGGGAUAUUUCUAGCUGUAGCGAACCUAUAGUGUUGACCUGUGUCUAAAGUGUAACCGCGACUGACCCAGAAAGACGGUCCAAUGAUGAAUGACGCGCCAGAUGGCGAAAAUUUGCUCGGGGACAACGGCUAUGGCGACAUGCAAGACAUGAACGGAGAACAACCCCCAGGAGUUCCUGGUGGUGACGAUUAUUCUUAUGACCCGAAUUACGGGGGACCUAUGGGGGGUUGGGGCCCUCCUCGAGGACCUGGCCCAUUUCCUCCGAUGCGGGGCGGCGGGCCGGGGUUUCGCGGUGGUUUUAGUGGUGGGCCAGGUGGUCGCCCGCCUUGGGGACCUCCUGACGGUCCACCGAGAUUCAUGCCGCCGCGGGGACCUCCGAUGAGAGGCGGCUUUCGUCCGGGUUUCCGUGGUCCACCGCCGUUUCCGAACGGAGGCCCGAGAUUCAAUGGACCUUAUGACAAUUCAAACUGGGGAGGACCUCCUCCUCAUGGAAACAUGGGCGGUGGUGGUGGUGGUGGUUGGAAUGAACGUCCUGAUGGUCCAGCGCCUGAGGAAGCACCUGUAAACCCAUUGAGCAGUCUUCUUCCUCCAGGUGUCGACUUCAAUACUGCGAAUGUUUGGAUAGAGACUAAGACUCCCGAAGGAAAGUGUUAUUUUUACAACGCUAAGACCAGGGAAACGGCCUGGGAGAAGCCGCAGAACGCUCAUUUCAUUCAACAGGAAGAGUUGGAAAAGGUGAUACAUCAGGUUGCACAGCCUUCGCAAAAGGACGGUCCACCUGGUGAAGGGAAGGAUGACGGCAUGGCGAUGGGGAAUGGUGAUUUCGGUGGCUACGGUGGCUAUCAAUCGCAACAAUAUCCCGGCAUGCAACCUCAAUGGGGCAUGGGUCCUCCACCCGGAAUGAUGGGCAUGCCUCCGCCUGGAGGCAUGGGAAUGCCUCCCCCGGUUGUGGCUGCCGCUGUAGCCCCUCCUGGUUACUCCGCUGCAGCCCUGGGCAUUGACGAAAGCGAACUCGUCAAGAAACUGGACCCUGAAAUCGUGGCGAAGGCGAAUGAGUGGACCGAGCAUCAGUCCCCGAAUGGACUGCCGUAUUAUUACAACACUCGAACUUCGGAUUCCGUUUGGGACAAGCCACCGGCACUCCGAGACUUCGAGGCUGCUAAAAUGGCGGCGAUACAUGCCAUGAAAAUGAUGAAGGAAAGCGGCGACACGGAUCCGUUCCUCUCGAUGAAGACGGAUCACAGCGCGGAACCGACGGAGAAGACGAAAGCGGAGCCUGUGAAAAUGGAGACGUCUAGUGACAAAGCAGCCGCUGAAGAAGCGAAGCCCGCGCAGGAAGAGACGAAAAAGGCUGACAAAAGCCGGCCGGUAUCAUCUGUACCCGUUCCAGGAACACCUUGGUGUGUGGUGUGGACCGGAGAUGGCAGAAUGUUUUUCUACAAUCCGUCGACCCGUUCGUCAGUUUGGGAACGACCGAACGAACUGCUCAACCGCGGGGAAGUGGAGAAGAUCAUCGCCGGUGGCCCACCGGACAAGGACGAGGUGAGACAACCAGCCGCUAAUACUAACGCUUCAGACGAAGAUGAGGAGGAGGACGAGGACGAAGAGGAUGAGGAACCCACCAACAAGAAGCCGCGUCUCGACGCCGAUGUCAAGUCCGCGGAAAAUACAGGUGAGGACAAGCCGAAGACGAUAGACAUAGGCAUGCAGUCGGCCAUAGAGGCCGAAUCGCGGGCAGCUAAAGAGCGCGAACAGGUGCCGUUGGAGACGCGGAUGCAGCAGUUCCGCGAGAUGCUGGCCGAGAAGGAAGUGUCUGCCUUCUCCACCUGGGAGAAGGAGCUGCACAAGAUCGUCUUUGACCAACGCUACCUUCUUCUCACGUCCAAGGAGCGAAAGGCCGUUUUUGAAAAGUAUGUAAAGGAACGGGCCGAGGACGAGCGACGUGAGAAAAAGCUGAAGAUGAAGCAGAAACGCGAUGAUUUUCGAACUUUGCUGGAAGAGUCUUCGUUGCAUACCAAGUCCUCGUUCAGCGAGUUUUCGUCGAAACAUCAGAAGGACGAAAGGUACAAGGGGAUCGAGAAGAUGCGCGAGCGAGAAAGUCUGUUCAACGAAUACAUCCAGGAACUGCGACGAAAGGAGAAAGAGGACAACAAAGCGAAACGGGAAAAGAUUUUUUUUUUGCUGAAACGACGGGUUGAACGGAAAUAUGUUCUGUUUUUGCUUUCCCCUUCCGAGAAGGCGCGGAAGGAUUUUCUGGAUUUGUUGAAAGAGUGCACGCAGAUCGACAGACACUCGCACUGGGCUGACGUGAAGCGGCUGUUGGACACGGACGCCCGUUACGAAGCCGUCGGCUCCAGCAGCUUGCGGGAAGAGCUGUUUCGCGAGCACGUGCACAAGCUGAAGGAGGAGCGUGGGAAGGAUGAGAGCCGGCGGGAGAAAAAGAGCAAGAAGAAGGAUAAGAAGAAGGACCGACGUGAGUAUGACAGAGAUGAAGAGGACGAAGACCGGAAGGCGGCGAAGUCGAGGAAGAGUGGCGGCAGCAGCAGUGGCGGCGGUGGUGGUGGUGGCGGUGGCGCUGCAGAAGACGAGGAGAAUGAAGACGGGGAAGUUUCGGAAGAGCGGGAGAAAAAGCUGCGCGCCGAGGCGAGUCUGCGGCAGCGUGAGCUUGAAGUACAAAAGGAGUUGGAGGGACCGAUGAGAGACCGGGACAAGGAGCGAGAGGCGUACAAGCGGGACGUGGCGGUGCAGCAUUUCUGCGCCCUGCUCAGCGAUCUGGUACGUGGCAUUGAUUUGACUUGGCACGAAGCGAAAAAGCAGCUCCGCAAAGACCGACGCUGGGACCUGGCGAAGUCGCUGGAAAAGGAGGAGAAGGAGAAGUUGUAUGAGCUGCACAUUGAAACGUUGACUCAGCGGAAGAAGGAAAGAUUCAGGGAAUUGCUGGACGAAGUUGCGUCGAGUGAUUUGGGAAUCACUUGGAAGGAGGUGAAGCGAUCGAUUAAGGAUGAUCCGAGGUUCACAAAAUUCGCACUUAGUGAGCGAAAAGCGGAACGCGAGUUCAAAGACUACGUCCGAGACAGAAUCAAUAACGCGAAAGCGGAAUUCAAGGACCUUCUUCGAGAAACGAAGAUGAUCACGCAUAAGUGCCGACAAAGCAUUAGCGACAACGCGCAGCACUUGAAGGACAUCCUGGAGGUGUUGUCGAAUGACAAGCGGUACUUGGUGUUGGACAGGAUGCCCGAGGAGCGGGACGCCAUUCUCAAGGAUUACAUCGAGGAGCUGGCUGCCAAGGGCCCGCCGCCACCGCCGACCGCCUCUGAGCCGACGCGGCGGAAGUGACCGGCUCUAGGUUUUACCCUCAGACUAGAUUCCUCGCCACUCACUCACUCUCCGUUUCUUUAAAACCGGCCUGUUUUCCCUUUUUCCAGUGUCGAUCUUUAUUUUGUCGCCUUGCGGAUUGUUUUGUAAGCUGGGAAUUCUGACGAGAAAAUCGAGGUUCGUGUCCGCGAGGUGAGGUUUUCUUCUGCUAAGUUGGUCAUAAAGAUUGUUUCAUUUUCAGGGUUUUUUAGAGUGAGAGUGAGAGAGGAAAGAGUGUGUGAAAACGUGAUGUUGAAUCUUUUCUCACAGCACUGUAAGCGUUCUCAAGUCGUGACACACGUUGCUAAGAAUUAUUUGUUCGACCUCGUGUUUGUGACUCUGUUUCCCCCGCCCCAAAACCCCUUCGGAAGUCUCGUACAGUAUUUGCCAAUUUUUUCUGGAAAUGAUCGAUUUUAACCUCGGGCUGAUGAGUACAACCACAAAGUGUGUCCAAUAUGUCAUUGUGCAGGGACAGAUCUGUAAUAAUCAUGAAGAAUGUUUCUGCGUUGUCCAUUGUAGUGAAAACUCUUAUGUUUUCGUUAAGAUGUCGCUCCAAUUCGAAUUUUCUGUCUACUCUACCGAGGUACAUCAGCUUCUCCGUUAUUCCCGCUGCAUUGUAUUAAUAAGUUCGCUGGUGAAUUUAUUUUUCAACAAUAAUAUAAUAAUGCUGGAUUAUUCGCUUGAACAAACAUCCUGAUAAUUUUCCUUUGAAUUUGUAUGCACCCAUUUUUCGUCUCUUGGUAAAAAAAAGGAAAUGAAUAUGUUGCUGCGUUGCAUCAGACGUAUAUUUUCUACUUGUAAUUCAAUUGAAUUUUCAACUUUUGAUGCUAGAAUGUAAUGUACGUCGAAUAUCCAACUUUCAUUUUGUAUCUAUUAGUCCCAUUUCGUUAGUUUCUAUGAACCGGAAUUUCGGGGUAUUUUCCCCGCAACUGUGAAACUUCAAGCCGGACUUGGAGAGCGAAGUGAUCUUCAUACUCGCAAAGGCAAACUUGAAGAUGGUCAAUGCCUCUAUUGACAAAUAAAACGAAUGAAAACAAGC